ACGAUGCUGCCUUCGUGGCCUCCUUCAACGUCCCGGGGCCUCCGGGUGAGGAGAAGAUCUAUUUCUUCUUUGAAGAGACAGCAAAGGAGUUUGAUUUCAUGGAGAAGCUGACCGUCUCCCGGGUCGCCCGAGUCUGCAAGAACGACGUCGGGGGCGACAAGGUCCUGCAGAAGAAAUGGACCACCUUCCUCAAAGCUCAGCUCUCUUGCAGCCAGGCGGGGUUCUUUCCACACACCGUCCUCAAGCACGUCUUCGCUCUCCCGCAGCCGAGGGGCGGCUUCCUCUUUUAUGGGAUCUUCGCUUCUCAGUGGCAGAACGGGAACUCCGGCAGCUCAGCUGUCUGUGCCUUUAGCCUGGACGCCAUCCAGAAGGCCUUCGACGGGAAGUACAAGGAGCUGAACAAGGACUGCUCCCGGUGGACGACCUACAGUGGCCCUGCCAUGGACCCCCGGCCUGGCAGCUGCUUGGUGGGCCCCUCUUCCGACAAGGCCCUGACCUUCAUGAAGGACCAUUUCCUGAUGGACGAGAAGGUGGCUCCCGUCCACGACCAGCCUCUGCUGGUGAAGGAGGACGUGAAGUACACCCGCAUCGCAGUGCACCAAGCGCAGAAGCCCUGCGGGGCUGCCUGCACCGUCCUGUUCCUGGGCACAGACAGAGGAUCCCUGCACAAGGCAGUGGUGGUCGGCCACAGAGCCCACAUCAUUGAGGAGAUCCAGCUGUUCGAGAAGCCGGAAGCUGUCCAGAACCUGCUGCUGGUUCCCGAGAAGGGCGUCCUGUACGUGGGCUAUUCCGAAGGGAUUUUGGAGGUCCUGGUGGCCAACUGCAGUGUCUAUGCCACCUGUGCCAGCUGCCUGUUGGCACGCGAUCCGUACUGCGCCUGGGACGGGCGAUUGUGCCGAGCGGUUUGGGAGGACACCAGAAAUAGGACUGACUGGUUGCAGGACGUCGAGCAGGGGAAGGCCGAGGCCACCUGCCAGCGCCAGAGCGGGAAGGGGCGAGCCAUGCCAAAGUCGAGGAACGACUCUGAUGGAGUCCCGCUGAAAGUGCUGAGCGGCCCCUUCAACUCCAUGAUGCGGCUGUCCUGCCCGCCGGUCUCUGCCCUGGCCAACUACUCCUGGACCUACCCGGAAGGCAGCCUACCGUCCCAGGAGGGGCUGACCGUCCGAGACCACACUGGCCUGCUUGUCUUCGUGCACAGCCGCACGCUGGGCGAGUACGCCUGCUGGGCCAGCGAGAACGGCUACCGCCAUCGUGUGGCCUGGUACGACGUGCGCAGCGACCUGCCCAUGGGCGGCGCCAGCAGCGCCAACGGCAGCCCGGAGCACCAGGCGGUGCCCGUGGGGGAAUGGCGCUCUUACUGGGUCCAGUUUGUGACUGUGACGGUCCUGCUCUCCAUGACCUUGGCAGUGGCCAUGGCGCUGGGCUUCUUCUCCUACCACGACAAGCUGAAGGCCAAAACCAAGGUGCAGGGUUGCAGCGUUCCCGAGCCCAGUAGGACUCCCGUGCAGGAGAAGGCCCCCCUCAACGGCAGCCAGAGCCCCCCCGGAGACAGGAACUACCAGUCGCAGGAGGCCACCGACGGGACCAAAUCCUGCUGCGUCCAGGUGGAAGGUGGGAGCCGAGCCAUGGACACGGACAACAACCGCCUGAACUGCCCCUUGAUGAACGGGGAGGAGGCCCGCGCCGUGGAAGCCAUUUAACUCGGUUUCCACCGGAGAAUUUUGGGGACUCUCGGAUGAGCACAAAACGCCUUGCACGAUUUGUAGCGUGGCUCCCAAACACGGCUGGGUCACCUCUGGGGUCCGUUUUUAAACGUCGUUCGUUCUCGGUUGUGUUUUUGUACGACGACGCACCAGCUGCAGAACUGAUGCCAGGGAAUCCGCAUGGUUCUUCCUUCCCCACCUCCUUCGUUUCCGUCUUCCCCUGCGAAGCAGCCGCACCUCCACCUGCUUCCUCACAGCCCAAUCGGCAAAGAUUUGCAGGCAAAGCCAAGGUGGCCCUCGGAGCCUUCUCGCUUGGGGAGCUCCGAGGGGACGAGGGAGGGGAGGGCUGGGCGUCUUCUGAGGAGGAGAAUUGGCCGCGCAGGUGGGUGACUGACCCUCUGCCCAUCUCCAGAAAUUGGGCUGCAUUUGUUUUUACUGGAGCAACGUUGCUCAGAUUUGUCGACUGGGAGGUGGGUGGAUUUCAACUCCCAGAAUUCCCCAGCCAGUCGAAGUCCACCCACCUUCUGGUGGCUGAGGUUGAGAAACGCUGCUUUGGGGUCCAGGGAUUGUGAGAACCACUCGGAGUCCCCCUUGGUAAGAGAGCCUUUGCCACAGGGUCUCCGCCCGUCUGCUUCCAUUUUUGUCCUCCUCCGUCUCUCUCUGCCACGUUCUGCCUUUUGUUCAUGGUUUUGGGGCCAAAGAAGCAGCUAUGCAAGUGGAUCUCCCCCCCCCACUGUUCAUCCCCCCCUCCCUCCAGCUUCCCUUGCUCUAGAAGUGCCGUGUGGCCUCCCCCCCCUGGCCUCUCACGCUGCAUUCAGACAUGACCUUGGCAGCUGCCAAGAUCAGAGCCUUGACGCUUCCCAGAUGAAAGCUGGUUUUCCCGAAGGCGGGCGGCUCUGCUGCGUUUUUCUCUCCCUCUGCAACUCCCUCAGCCCCCCCCUCGUCUCCCCCACAUCUGUUUAUCAUUUUAAGAAUUCAGUUUUUAAAAGGUUUCCUUCGCACCGGUUGUGCCAGUCGAAGGUUCGGCUCCCCUCCAGCCUCUCAAUGGCGGUCUCCUGCCCCCUUUCAGUCUGUGCUUUGCCCAGGGUUUUCGGGGAGGGGGCACCGGGGGUGGACUGGGGCUUGAUUUUCGUCUUUUCGACAGGCAGCCACACUCCCCGUUUCUCCUCCCUUUCCUUUCAUUGUCCGGCUUCUCCAAAAUAUCUGCUGGGCUGGUGGAGGAGACGGCACAGCGGCAUUUUUGAGGGCAUCACUCUGGGAGCUGGGAUUUUAUCUGUGCCUAGAUCAGCGUUUUUUCAACCUCUGCGACUUGGUAAGAUGGGAGGACUUCAACUCCCAGAUUUCCCUAGCCAGCUAGCUGGGGAAUUCUGGGAGUUGAAGUCUACCCAUUUUAAAGCCAGAGGUCUUAGUUUCUAUUUCUAAUGGUUGCAGCUGCUGCCCUCUGGUGAAUAUAAUGAGAAGUGCACCUGAGCAGGUAUUUGCCGGGCACUGGAGAAUUUUACUGCUUGGUCCCCACCGAGGGCACGCAGAAUGUAUUAAUUUCUAAUGUUGAUAACCCACACCACUUCUUGUUGGUUUCACUUAAGUGUUAGUUGAGUGGAAGACUCUUGGGAGCACCUUCAAGGUUGCAGAACGAGUGGGAGGGAGGGUAGGGGCCUGGGGAAGACCCCCCCCUCACUCCCAAAAGCUAUUUCAGACAAUAUCCUGCCAAAAAACCUGGGUCUGCCCUUCAGUGCCAUGCAAGGAUUAUUGCAAAAAAAAAAAAAAAACAGUUUGUAUUUCGUCUGUUUAAAGAGCUACCCUUAAAAAUGUGAGGUGUGAAGAGGACCUGGGUUGCAAAAGCAAAAAAAAACAACAACAGGUAGAUCAGCUACCCCGGAUCCUUAUUAAAACACUUGGUGUAUGCAUGUGUGUGUAUGUGUGUGUGUGUGUGUGUGUGUGUGUGUUUCUCCUGUCUCGGUGUGCAAGAGAGUGGUGUGUUUAAUUGUGGUAUUGGAGCAGCAUGCCUCUUCUGAAGAACAAAGUCGGUACUCCGUUCCAGUUUCAAGAAAUUAUCCGUCUUAUCACCUCGCCUGUUUGCCACCCAUUUUGAGAAGGAGAAAGAAUAUAUAGAAGGGACUUUUAAAAAGGGGUCAGAUUGUUCAGAGGAGGGAAGGGAUCUAGGGUGGGGGGGGGUGCGAAGAGCUUCUCCUUUACCCCUAUUUGCCAAGGAAGGGCAAAAACGAGCUGCAAAAACGAGAAGGGAGUCACCUGGUGGCAGAGAGAGAGCCUGAAUCUCAACUGGAUGUAGAUGUAAAACUAAAAAAAAUAUAUAUUUAAAACUAGAAGAAGGUGGCCGGUUCUUCUCCCGCCUCUCAAAAUGUUUGGGUGGAAGAAGUUGGAAGUUCUCGCUGGCCCUUUGUGAGCUGGAGAGGAAAAAGGAUUUUUUGCAAGGAGCUGAAAAUUGUUUGCUUGGAUAAUUGAAGUCUAAACACCUCCGUGACUCUCUUGGCCAGAGAAGGAAGGAAGAGCAGUUGUGCCGUGGGAGGCCUCCUUGGUCAAAGGGCCUGCGGGGUUUUUAAAAAGUGCCCAUUUUUCAGCUCAAUUCCAUGGAAAGAAGGGCACAUUCAUUCACGACUGGCUGUUUGUUGCAAUGUUGUUCCUAACCUUGUUUUCUUUUCCUAAAAGAAAAAAAAGAUGUAAAUCAUUGUGUUUAUACAAACUAUUUUUAUUAAAAAGUGUUGUGCGGUUGUUCAAUGGCCA